AUGGGCGUCAAUGUCCCCUUCCAGUGGACACCGGCCCUGCUCGGCGACAUCGCAGCUGCUGGCAAGGUGACAGGUACCGUUCGGGUGCCUGAUACCGGGUGGCCGCGUGUGCAAAAAGCCAUCGCCAGCUGGGUGGACCGCUUCAACGUGCAGCGGGACGACUUCCGAGUCGACAAGCCUGGCGAGGUGUACAGCGAUGUUGUGCCGGGCGGACGCGAAGCCUUUGUCUAUGUCAUGUUUGUCCCGCAUGACGCAGCGAGCUGGGUGUUAGCGCGCGAAGAGGUCGAGAACAAUGCCGUGCGGG